GUCGCUACACAAACACACGACGUGUAACCGUGUAUUUGGUCCGUGUUUCUGGGUUGUGGGUUAAUGAAACCGCUCAGGUGUUUCUCGUUAAUUAGCCUCAUUAGCAUCUUCACUGCCUGUCGCUAAACUGGCGCCUUAGCUGUUCAACAGGUGUUGUGCUGGGCUACUUUAUACUACAUUUCUGUGGUACAUUAUACUACCUGUUGUGUAGUACUACAUGUUCUGUGGUGCCUCAGUACACAGGACACUUCAGCUUUGUUUGUAUAGCGACAAAUCGCAACAAAAACAACCCCACGUCUCUUUAUUUAACCAGGUGAAGACCUUAAAGUACAUGUUCUCAGAAAUGGCUUCGACCUCUGACCUGGAGCAGCUGGCAGACCUAGAGCUUCAGAAGGAAGAUGAGGAUGAGGAGGAUCAGAGUGGUAUCCAGGGCUGUCCAUCACCUCUUCCCAGCAGCACUUUCAGUCCAGAUCCCUCCCACCCGUAUUACGAUGUGGCUCGACACAGCAUCAUCCAGGUCUCAGGGGAUGACAACUAUGGCAGGAAGCUGAUCACCUUCAGCAGCUGCUGUCUGCCUCCGUCUCACCAGCUGAACCACCAGCGCCUGCUCGAGUAUCUGAAGUUCACACUGGACCAGUACGUGGAGAUGGACUAUAUCCUGGUUUACUUCCAUUACGGCCUGAGGAGCACCAACAAGCCGUCGCUGAAAUGGUUACGAGACGCCUACAGCGAGUUUGACAGGAAAUACAAGAAGAACCUGAAGACGCUGUAUGUCGUUCACCCUACAAACUUCAUCCGAAUCGUCUGGAACAUUUUCAAACCUCUGAUCAGUCACAAGUUUGGGAAGAAGCUGACGUACGUGAACUACCUGGCCGAGCUCAGGGAUCACCUGAACUACGAGCAGCUCGUCAUCCCUCCUGAUGUGCUCAGACACGAUGAGAAGCUACGAGCGGCUCAGAAGGACGGCCCCCCUUCCUCAGUGGAAACGCUGCCACCACCUCGACCCCCCCUGCCCACCCAGCAGUUUGGCGUCAGUCUGCAGUACAUCAGAGAGAAGAACAGGGGGGCCGUGAUCCCACCUGUGGUCCAGCAGACUGUGUCCUACCUGAAGGACAAAGGUCUGAGGACGGAGGGCAUCUUCAGGCGAUCGGCUCGAGUUCAGCUUGUCAAGGACAUUCAGAAGCUCUACAACCAGGGGAAGCAUGUGGACUUGGAUCAAUAUGACAUGCACGUUCCUGCUGUGAUCCUAAAGGCGUUUUUCAGAGAGCUGCCUGAACCUCUGCUCACCUUCAGAGUCUACAACCAGGUCCAGGACCUCCUCAAUGUGGAGACCAGCCUGCGAGUGACCAGGUGCAAACAGAUCAUCGAAAGUCUUCCUGAGCACAACUUCAUCGUGGCAAAGUACCUGCUGUGUUUCCUACACAUGGUGUCCCAGGAGAGCAUUGUGAACAAGAUGGGCCCAUCGAACCUGGCCUGUGUGUUCGGGGUCAACCUGGUCUGGCCUCGUCAUGCCUCCAUCUCUCUCACCGCGCUGACCCCCAUCAAUAUCUUCACUGAGAUCCUCAUCGAACAUUUUCACACCGUGUUCGGCUCCCGCUGCCCACCUGGACAGAGGAUGAAUCCCAACAACCCUGACCCUCUGACCCUCUGACCUUUGCUCAUCACCAGGACAGUGUUUCUGUUUUCAUACCACAAAUGUGAAAAAGUGAAAGUCAGGUUGUCCCGACCGGCUGAGCAUGGUUCUGCUUCUCAGAGGAUGAGCCUUCACAGUGCAAAACCAUUUUGGACAUUUAGUUUGGUCAUGGAGUUUUCCUUCGUCACCUGUGCACACACGUUUUAGGUUUAGGUAGUACUGUAUUCGCUGAGCACGGCUGACUUACUGGAUUUUCCAUCAGAUAACAGUGUUAGACAUUUAAUUGAAUGGAUUAAGCAGCAGUGUUUCACGUGUGGCUCUUCUGCAGUAACAAGUUGCCUUUUGACACAUGUAAUGAUGCAGACAGCAGCUGCACAGGGCGGUGUGUGUUACAGCUCAGCCAGGCGUGAAGGAUUCACAUACACACUGUUAGUCAGGGUUGUGAGAUUAUAACUCACUGAAAAAACAGAACUUAAAUGUGCAUGUGUGUUAAUAUUACAUUAAAGCUUCAUGUUGCCUCAAACAGCGGAGACAUGCAGCAGCUCCGUUUUUUGCUUUUUCUUCAUUUGAGUGAAAAUGAUACUUGUAUAUAAAAUUAUUUAAGAUUCAUGAGGACCAAAGCAAACCAGGUAGUUUUUAUGGAUCAGCAAUAAUUUUCCUUUUUCAACCCCUCAAGUGGCGUUGGGCACCACUGAACUGCUUCCACAUGCUCACAUUUUGGGUGAUUGAUUGCACUCGCUCAGUGUGGAUGAGAGGAAAACAGAGACGUGAACCUGAGCUUCUGUUGCAUUUUGUUUAUUAAUGUCCAGUUUUCUUAAGAACUCGGUACAAAAAAGUGAGACUACUCUGAAACAGGAGUGACUGUCCUCCAUCAGCGGUUUAAUGCAUCACAGAGGAGAAAAACUACAUUGGCAUAUUUAAGACAAACACUUUCCUAUACACACUAUCCACUGGACAGUCCCCUCAGCAACGACAAAGGAAAAUCUCCUAUUUCCACAAACACUUUCACUUCCAUCUAAAAACCCUCGCCGUCGCCUCCUUAUGGCAAAAUCAUACAUUGGACGUCAGGAUGCAGAAGUGGCAAAUGAUAGAAAAUCCCAAUGUUGUGUGUCCUUUGUUUUUUGCUCCUUGAUAAAAGAAUAUAAAAAUGUUCUAACUCCUCUUUGUUCACAUGUCAUGUUGUGUAUUAAAAUAGAUCUGCACAGUUUCUCCCGGAGAUGAUUUUUAGAAACAGAUGAAGGGUACAAGGCGCGGAGUGAGGCGGUGUGGUGGUUGGGGUUGUUCUGGUUUUAGUUGCAGGUGGAGACGUGGGCGCUAAUGUGGGUUCACCAGGUUUCUUUGCACGUGGAACCCCCGAAGCAGGUUGGGUCCAGCCUUAAUGUAAACCUGACGAGUCUGGAGACGUUAAAUGGUAAUUUAAGCUUCUUUUUAUAUGAUUAAAUCUGAAACCACAAAGAGAAACUUGAGCUGCUUGUGGCUUUUCUGUCUUAUACCAGUCUGUCAGAACCCGCGGUGGACAGUUUCACCGUUUUGACUUUUCACAAACUAAAUGACUGCUCAAGAAAGAAUUUUCAGAUGAAUUGAUAAUCUAAUGCUAGUUCAGCUCCAGGGCACUGCAUGACGUAGGCCUGUGUGGCAGUGACGUGUCAGCAGACAGAGACACCGGAACCAGGUUGAAUGUUUGUGGAAUCAAAUGUAAAAGCUGACGAGAGGCGACAACUUGUUGGGCUGGAAGGAUUUUUAGGAAGUGUUGUGUCUAAUUGCAGUAAAAUGAAUGGAACAUUAGUGGUGUGAGUGAAGUAUUCAGUACUGCAAUAAAAACUAAAAGUCCUUCAUUCAGAGGCCAAAUGAAAAAGCUUGUGUUAGAGAAAUACUUCACAGUAGCUGUUCUGAACUGAUCAACAUCGUAGGUGGAGCCAGUUUUCUGUAGCUGAGCUGUGAUUUCCUUCGUUCCUAUAGGUUAAAAGAUGUGUUAAAGUACUGCGUGUGCCUCUGAAAUGUAUUAGUGUAAACCUGGAAAUGUUCCAAGUAGUAGCAGUAGUAGUAGUAGUAGCAGCGCUCAAUGCACGUUUGGUCCAAAGCUUUUGUAUUUGUGAUAUGUCUGAAAUUCAUGUCGAGCAGGGUCUGACGGCUGGGUCUGUCAUUCCCCAGUACUCCAGUACUUCUAUUAAAAGAAGUGAUUUGUGUUUAUUUUUUUAAACAAUCUGCAGAUUGAUGAACAACACAGUUGCAGUACCAGUGUAGUAAAGUUUCUCAUCCUGUUUGUACAUUAUUGUGUGAUGUAUUAGUGAAUUAGCUUUAAAUCGACUACUCCUUACUUUUCAGCCAACAGUCACUUAAUUGUUCUUCAAGUCAAACAAGCCUUCAUGUCUGAAACGACUGGAACGACAAACAAACAUGUUUGUUUACUGUAGAUAUGAACGAGGUGGUCGGUGGGAAGCCGGGCUGGUUUCUGACUAGAUGAACUGAAGCGGUUGUUAAAGUAAAGCUGCAGAUGUUGUGUGACCUGAUGGAGCCUUUGGGUGAAACGUGCAUGGAGCCUCACGCUGCUGUCACUGAGUGCAAACCUUGGGUGUGUUGGAACGUUUACAGACUAAGACAAAAGCCUGGCACCUGUUACUGUGCUCAUCCUGACAGUUUGUCUACCUUGUACCGUGCAGGUGAUGCUUCGACAUGAGGAUCUGUCCUGCACAGCUGAGCUGAUAUGAUUCAGAUAAAGUAAAACCACCUCGGGUCCUCGUCUGCUGAUGAAGGCAUGUGUCUCUGGCGCUAUGUUCAUGUUUGUGCGUGGACAGGUGGCAGAGCCGUGUGGUUGUUCCUAGGUCUAUGUGUGACACUUAGCUCCGGAGCAGCAGGAAGACUAACGGGCUGAGCAGGAGGCCACCGUGUCCUCCCACAGGCCCCUGACAGCCACAAAGACUUGUCCCAGUUCUGAUUGACCGGUGUCUAGAGAAUUACCAACAAAGACGAAAACCCUGGAUGUGAGACCAUUUGGACUUGAGGCAGUGUUCAUCUGUCGGACUAGCAGGCUCAUCACGGUGAAACAUCCAAGCGAGUAAAGAAUCAAAAAGCUAAAGUAUAAAGGUGACACCAGUGGUCCCAGUACAGAACCACAGGGGUUUUGGCAGAUUCUCUCUAGUGACUGGCAGGGACCAAAUGAUGCGUCCCACCGGCUGCGUGCAGCUUUAGUCCGUUUCCUGUCGCAGACAAAAUGCAGCAGAAACGGGCAGUUUUCUCUCAAAACGCACAAACAAACAAUUCAAAACGUAUCUGAUUAAACCUUUGGGCCUGAAGAGCUGACGUGGACCUUUAGACACACGUUUCUAGCACAGACGUGCACGUCCCAUUUAGACUGGUGAAACAUCUGUGGUGACUUGUUCUGCUCACUGGUGUCUUAAUGCUCACUCUGUCUGCAGUGCUUCCUCCAGCUGAAACGAUUAAUCAGCAUUUUCAUAAUCGAUUUGUAUCAGUUAUUGAUUGAGGAAACGCUAAAACCGUUCCCUGGUUUCAGCCUUUAUGAAGUGAGUUUAUUUCCUUAGCAUAUAUGAUGGUAAAUGAAACAGAACUGGGUUUUGGACGCCACAGCAUGAAUGAAGAUGAAGGCGUUUUGUGUUGCCACGUUUAAAGGCUCAGCCGCUGCACAGACUGACGAACCAGGACGCGGCGCGUGCCAACAGACUGACUCGAUCACUGACGUCACACUUUAACCUGAAGAUGUUUGAGGUUCUCCAUGAAAAAGCAGACUCGGUCUGUUCCUGUUUGUGCUGCAGUCAAACCCAGAAGAUGACGAGAUGAUGGUGUUAUCAAUAAUACAACAUAUGUACAAUGAUCCCCUGGAAUACUCCAAACUUACACAUUUAUCAACAGGCAUCAGCAUGAAAAUACUAAAAUCUCCACUAGAAAUGCUAAUUUCUGUAGUUUCAUCUUUAAAUACUUUUGUCUUUUACUUUAUUAAUACUGAAAAAGUUAUUCUCUGUUUGUUUGAAAGCUCGUUUACAUACACGAUGAAAACAUCUUCCUGAAUUCUUAUGGCAAAACAUUGUUCAUAGGAGGACGAACAUCUACUCCGAUAUAUGACUGUACAUUCCUGUCACGCCUAGAUCUACUGGUCUAUCUGCAGAACAAGAAUCGGACCUGUUUAGAAAAGGGACGUCCGCGGCGGCUCUGUACUCUAACGUCUGUAAUAAAUACAUUAAGGCCAAGAACAAUAAUAAAUAGAAAAUAACUUAAAAAAUCUCGUAAGCACUGUAGGUGUUGGCUUUUACAAAACACUUGACUCUAGUGGAGGCUGCAGCUCCGUCUCAGUCUGUCGCCUUUCAGCUCUGACAAAAGAUGGCGGACAUUAUUCGGACAGAGUCCGAGCACCGCGGGGGGCGGGGCUAAUUGUUGGUGUCGCUCUU